GAACCCCUCCAUCCAAUGGCCAGCACCUCCACCGUCUACACGUCAACGCGUACCGGGCUUACUCUCCUCACCUUUGACCUCACCCAGUAGCUGCGUGUGAAAGGGCCAUCGCGCCUUCAACGCCGAUAAAAUGAGUCCCGAGAAAGCGAAAACGGAGAUUCCGAAUCCACGCCGGAUCCUCGCCGUUUCCCUCACCGACUCCGCGCAGCACCUCAGCGAUGUCAUCAAAGACCUAACCGGCACCCACCCCACUCCCGCACUACCCCCACCCCCACCAACACCAUCAUCACUAUCACCGUCGUCGCCACCGGCCCGGUCAUCAACAGAGGAACCGCCGCCGGCGCCCUCGCUCGCGGGGACGACCCACCUCCUCCCGCUGCGCACGCCCUACUACGCCGCCUCGGUCCCCGUGUGGCUCGACCUGGUGGCGUCGCCGGCCGAGUGGGCCGCGUCGUUCCUCUCGGCGGAGGCGCGGGAGGUGCUGGAGGUGCUGGGCGGCGUGCUGGUCGUGUUUGCGCUUCCUCCUCCUACUGCUCCUCCUUCUUUCUCGUCGUCGGCUGGGGAUGGAGGGGCAGCGGCGGGGGCGGGGUCUGGGAUUGGGACUGGGGCCGGGUCCGGCAAGGAGGAAACGGAGAGGGAGCGGGCGAGGGAGUUGAUCACGCAGGUUGGCAGGGUCGUGAGGGAGGGGCUUGGCGGGUGGGAGUGGGACGGCGUGGGGUUGGCGGUUGGCGUUGGCGGUGGUGGGUUCGGGGGAGACGGAGCGGAGCUGGACGAAUGGGAGGAUCUGUGUGCCGAGUCAGGGUUGGAGUUCGUCCACGUCUCGAAGACAGGCGCGGGGACUGGCGCGGCUUCAGGAAAGGGCGGGACGGGGGAGGAGAGGAACGAGUAUGGUGAGAGAAUUGGCAUGGCAAGGGUGUUGGAGGCGUUGGAGGCGAAUGAUUGGUCUGGAGGCGGAAUGAAGAGGGGCGAUGAGGAGGAGGAGGAUGACGGCGAGGGAGCAGCUAAGAGCUCGGAGGGGAAGAGCCGACAGCACCAGGAUGGGGACGAUGACUACGAGUUUGAUCCCGAGAGUCUUGAUUUCGGGUUUGAUCGAGAGGACUUCGCUGGGUUGAGAGAAGCUAUCUUGGCAAGUGGCGGCGGAGGCAUUGGGGAAGGCUCGAACGCGGGGGCGGAGGAGCAAGAGGAGGUGGGCGAGGAAGACGUCGAGAAGCUGGAGCGCAUGAUGCUGAAGUUGCAAGCGGUGAGGGAUGCAAGCGCCGGGUUGCCGGAGGAGCAGCGAAGGAGGAUGGCGGCACGGGCAGUGGGGGAGGUCAUGAAGGAGCUGUGAGAGCAGCGCCUUCCGCUCUAGGGUGAGGCUGGAGACCGAUGGCGAGUCCGACGGCGUCAAUAGCCUCAUUUUUAAGUCAGGCCAAAUCAGGCCCUUGCCAAGGGCAGAUGUUGGCCUCCGUACACCAAAUCGAGUUGCCAUGUGGGCCGACGUCCAGUUGUCUGGACUUAAAUAGACGGGAUGAGGCAGCAUUCCCCCCUCCUUAACAAAGGAGGAAUGGACCAACUAAUGAUUUGCGAAUCCGCGGCGAACGACCACCACCACUUAGAGGAGGCGUGUGCCUGGGGAUGGUAUAAGCCAGCGUUGUCGCAUAACCGCCCUGAGAAUAGAGGGCGUUUACAGGGCUAAGCAUGGCCACAGCAACAGGGCCGAAUGUCUGGCCGUAAAGAGGAAAAGACUCACGCGCGUGCUGACUAUUGACAGCGCUGCGUUUGCUGCGAAGCUUACGGAAUAGUUACACAAACUCUCAUUUCUUCUGCCUUGUUAUCUCGGAUCCGCAAGCAAGGGAUACUCACAUCAGGCCUGCUUCAACGACUCCCGGUCUCGGCAC